AUGCAUCCUCGUCUGCCGGAGGCGCUUCGCGAGAGCCUGCCCUACGCCGCUGCGGCGGCAGUCUUUCUCCUCGUCGGCGGUGGCAUUUUCGUGGCGGUCGAGCCAGGCUGGAGCUAUGCUGACGCGACCUACUUUGCCUUCACGGUGACCACCACCAUCGGCUACGGCUGUCUAGUGCCCUCGACCCGCGCCUCCCGCGCAGUGACGCUCGGGUACGCGCUGGUCGCCAUACCAACCUUUGCGGGCGCGCUCGCUCGAUCGCUCGUGCCGGUGCUGCUGCCGCCGAGCGCGUGGUUCGAGCGGAUGCUGCUGCGGCUGCCGCCUCUCCGCGCCUCCCGCGCUCGCGACCGGCCGCCCUCCGCUCUCCGCUUCUACGCCCGCGGCCUGCUGCCUCUGAUCCUCUUUGGGCAGCUCCUCAUCGUCCUCCUCCUCUCGCUCGUCGUCUUUGCGGCGUCGCAGGGCGGAGGCGCGGAGUGGUCGCGCGGCGGCGCGGCAGUCGACACCGACGCCGCCUCGCUCCGAUUCUUCGACGCCUUUUACCUCACCGCCCUCACUCUGACCACCGUGGGCCCGGGCAUCUUAGAUGCAGCGCCACGCCUGGGCGACGUCUGCCCUGCGAGCGGCGGCAGCCGCGCCUUCACAGCGUGCUGCGCCUCGGUCGGUCUCGCGCUGCUCGGCCUCUUUGCGCGCCGCGUCGGCGAGCUGAGCGAGACGCGCCGCCGCGCGCUCCGCGCAUGGCGCGCCGCCACCGCCCUCCGCGCCAAGGCGGGCCUCGACGGCGACGGCGCGCCUUGCCCGUGGAGCGGGCUCGGCGAGGAGGGCGGGAGGAUGGGGAGGCACGCGUGGGCCCUCGAGACGCUGCUCGCUCUCGGCCUCGUCGAGGCGGCGCCUGUCCGCACCCUCCUCGCGCGCUUCGACGCCGCCGACGCCGGCCGCGCCGGCUCGCUGGGUCGUGCGGAGGUUGCGGCGCUGCUGCGCGAGGUCGCGGAGGAGUGGGGGGGGGAGCCUCCCCCGAGCGCCGGGGGUGGGACGCCGCCAGCGGGCGGGAGGAGAGGAGGCGGCUCUUUUUCGCGCACCGCUACGGUGCACGAGGCGGUGGGCGGAGAUGGCGCCGCCGCCACUGUGCGCACUGAGCUCUGA